AUGAGUAAAUGGACGCUUUUCAACCUAGUUAUCCGUGAUUUAUCGUAUCCUCCCACGGUAAUUGGUUUGUUGUUCUUGGAACAAAGUUCUAGACCUCAGUUAAAACUUGUCUUUCAUCAGGCUAGCACCACCGAAUUUCAAAAGGGAGGGAAAUUCGUGCAGCUGUCCUUACUAUGUCGUCGAAAUCCAGAAAACGGUGAUAAACGUACUGUAUGCCAACAACAGCGGAAUCUGUUCAAUUUGCGCAGCGAAGCGAAUGUCCCUUGCAUUGUCGAGCGCUUCAUAUCGGAGUUUUCGGAAAAAAAAUUAAAAAAAAUCAUUAUGUCAGCUCGUUUCAUAUUCGCCCCGUGUGCUCGCAUGAUUGGCGCCCGCGCAGCGCAGCGUGAAAACGGCAAACUAAACAGACUUGCAAACGAACCCGCCAAAUCCACUAGACAAGUCGGUUGUGGCCAGCUCCGUGCCCAACUGAAUAUGAGGAUUCUGUGUAAUAAGGUACAGUAUGGUUGGCUAGCACUCAAGCUGUUGUUCACAUUAGGCCACGUGAUAGGACAUCACACAUCUCCACAUACCUCCACAAAAAGCUGA